AUGCUGACUUCUAUCCAUCCGCAUAGCCUCCAAUCUGAACUGAUGCAGCUUAUGCUCUCGCCUUCUCCCGGUAUCUCCGCAUUUCCUGAUGCUGAUGGCAACCUCACUUCCUGGACUGCCACCAUCAGCGGCCCCAACGAGACUCCUUAUGAGGGCUUGACAUUCAAGCUCUCGUUCGCCUUCCCUAACAAUUACCCUUACUCUCCACCAACCGUCCUCUUCAAAACCCCCAUUUACCACCCCAACGUGGACUUCUCUGGACGUAUCUGUCUGGAUAUCUUGAAAGACAAGUGGAGUGCUGUGUACAAUGUGCAAAGUGUUCUCCUGAGCUUGCAAAGCUUGCUCGGUGAACCAAACAAUGCCAGCCCCCUCAACGCCCAGGCAGCCGAGCUGUGGGACACGAACCAGGAAGAAUACAAGCGUCAUGUCCUUGCGAGACACCGCGACGUUGAGGAUAUUGAGUAA